UAUUAUUUAGAAAUUCAGAAUACAAUAAAUACGUAUCUUUUGUCACUUCGUCGAAUUAUUUUUUAAUUAAAAAGUUUCAGUAAUAGUUAAUAGUAAUUAUUUUCCCAUGACUUCAUCAAAAGUUUUCAAAUUAAUUUUUUUAUUAUUGUGUGUGAUUUUGUAUACAAAAGCACCUCCGAGUUCAAAAAAAUAUAUAAAGCAAUUAAAGAGGUCACUAUUGUAUUCGGGAUGGACAAAAUUAAAUGAUGUAAACUUAAUAACAUACUUAAAAAAAAGUUAUUACGUUCAAACUUUAAUAGAAACACCUAUACAUCGCAAUAAUUGUAAUAAUAAAAUACGAGUUUUGACUAUAUAUCUUGGAUGCACAUACUCAAAAGUUAUGCAAAAUUUUAUUUCAAUUAUUAGUAACUACCAACUAAAAUGUGAUAAAAUAUCGAAAAAAGAAAACGAUUUAAUAAAUGGAUACAAUUGCAUAGAACAACUCAUAAAUAUAAUAUCUAUACUCAUUGUUCCUAUGGCCAAAUUGAUGAAAGAAGCCAUAAUUGCUUUGGAUUUAAUGCAUAACAAUCCAUGGGGUAGUGACCCAUAUUUUGAUAAAUACUCCCAUAAAAUAAUUAAUUUUGUAGGAGAAAUAGAAACUAUUCAUGAUAAAUUAAAUAAACUAAUUAUAAAACGUGAUGAUAUUUCUAUAUACAAUUCGAUAAUAACUAAUAUAAACUUAGUAGUUGACAAAAUAAAACCGAAUAUGAAACAAAACACUGAUUACUUUUGUGUUUUUGAACCUUAUGACAUGAAUUAUUUAUGGAAUGGUUGGGUUCAAGAAUAUGAAGACAUUGACUAUGGCGCAAAAUUAGAAUUUUUCAAAUUCAUAAACAAAAAAAUGAAUGAUUAUAUCAAGACAGUAAUUAUAGAAAAGUAUUUUCAAAUGGGGUUUAAAUUUGAUCCAAUUACCGAAGAAACAUUUGUCCCAACAUCGGAGGAGCUAAUUGAAUUAGAGUUAGAAUUUAGAGGAACAAAUGAAGAGCCUCCAACGCCAAUACAAAUAGAAACUCAUUAAAUUUUACAAAAAAAUUGAUUUUAUCUUAUAAUAAUGUAUAAAUUAUUAUUGUAAUUAUUUUAUCAAAUUUACGUAAUUUUAUAAAACUUUAAAUAAUUAUUAAACAUAAUAAUUUUAUUUUAUUUUUAA